AUGGCAUGAUGAGAAAUCCUCUGGAUUGAGUACAAGGAUGUAAAACACAAGAUCCUUAGAGCCAAUUAGCAUCUAGAUAACUUAGGAGGUGGGUGCGUUCAGGCCAAGUAUGUGCUGGUAAUCUUCCACUUAAUUGGAUAGAGAGUCAGUCGCUCCACAACCAGCCCUCCCAGAAACACUUUAGCCCUGCUGAUUUAUUUAACAAGCCAUUCUCAGUCAUGCAUUUAUUUUUAUUGGCACACUUACACGUUUAAGUCAUGAAGCAUUCAUGAAAACCACAAUCGUUUCUCCCUAUAUCACUCAUCACUAUCAGUUUUUGUUUCUUAAGCGUGCUGAAAUCAAAUCAGAGGCACUUAAGAACUUAACCAGAUUACUUUCAUAGAGUCACCAGCAAUAGUUAAUGGAAUUUACGUCUUUAUGUUAGAGAGGGCGCUUUGGAGACUCUUGUCUGGCAUGGGUCUGGGCUGGAGUUUCACUGGAGCGAUGGGUCACGGCCUUAGGUUAGACUGCUACAGAGGUCCUCAUACGCAAUAUGAUUUUGUGUUUUAGCACUGCUUUUAAAAUAACUUUUAUUUAGCCAAAUCUGAUUGGCUGUCUAAGAUAGCAAAAGGAUGUGAACACAGUACAGCAAUGUUUUGAGAAGCCUAUUAAACCUUAAGCCAUCUUAAUGCAAUUGAGUUAAAGGACGCUUGUCUCAAUCAUAGGGGGAUUAGACAGCUUUCAGGGUCUGUUUUAUUUCUCAGCGUUCUGCCAAAUGCUUCUCGGAAUUGAGUUUUUAAUGAGACAUUACCUCCUUGAAUGACACACAUCAUAUUGUUAAUCCUUUAAAGGUGUGUAUUUUUAGAGUCAACGCUACAGUUCUGAUGGCAUUUAUAGACCGUUUGUCUGGACAUAGACAAUUAUUCAGCUAGGAUUAGAAAAAUAUGAAAACAUUUAUUAUAAGGAACUUGUUAUGUGUGAUGUGAAUUUUUAUAGUGUAUGAAAAACUGUGUGGUAAUGGAGCAGCAUUCAAUUUUAGCCAACAAUAUUGAAUAAUCAGUGGAAAUGCAUAAAAAAUAAAUAACAGCAGUAGAUAAAUUCUAUAUUCUUUUUACAUUUCUCAAAUAUUAAAUGAUUUCAUAAUGAUUAAGAAUAAUGAUAAAAUAAUUGUUAAGCAUUAAAUAAGUAUUAUCAACAUUUCUUUUACUUGAAUGGCACUUAUGAUUGUCAAUAUGCAGUUCUUUUGAAUUUUAUAUUCAUCAAGUAUUAGAAAAAGUAAUAGUAUCACAAUUUCCACAAACAUAUGAUGCAGCACAGCUCUGUUUUCAACAUUAAUAAUAAUAAUAAUAAUAAUAAUAAACAUUUCUUGACCAAAAAAAAAAAAUCAGCAUAAUAGAAUGAUAUCUAAUGAAUCAUGUGAUGAUCAGGUAAUGAUUGCAAAUGUUUGGGUUUUUUUGCAUUUCUGGCACAGGAAUAAAUUACACAUUAAAAUACAUUAGUAAAGAAUGGUUAUUUUAAACUGUAAUAAUAUUUCACAAUAUUUACUUGUAUUAAUGCAGCAUUGUCGAGCAGAAGAGACUUUUAAAAAAAAAAAAAACAUUACAAAAUCUUACGGACCCCAAACUUCUGAAAAAUGGUGUAAAUUACAAAGCAGAUUUUUUAUAUUAUAAUAUCCCUCACUGACCAUACUUAAUAUCCCCCACAUGAUACUAGACUAUGUUUAACCUUCAGUACUUAUGGUUGUGUGUUGUCAAUGCGAAUACGAGCAUGCUCGCCAAGGGGCUAUGUAAUCUAUUCGCCCCAAAAACUCGGCUGUCAAAAGUUGACAGCUUCCCUCAGCACAUCGCAGUCGUAACGCGUUUCUGCCAGGAAUAACUGAACCGCUAUUCACAGAGCUGUCUUUGCAUCAUUCCACGGUUUUGGCCGAUGUGCAGUGACUGGCCCGGAUAGAGGCUUUUUCGCGUUCCUGCGAUGCUUGUUAAGGCUGCGUUAAGAUUACACGCUACCCAGGGCCCCGAAUGCAUUUCACAGGCAUGAUCGCUUUCAAAGUAGAAGUGAAACUAUUCAAGGCCGUGGUAUAAUCUGUUCAUCCCCUGCCCGUUGCAGACAUAGGUAUACAUGUUAGUACAACGACGUCUGUGAGAUAGGCAGUCAGAACAGAGUUGGCAUUGUUCACGGGGGUAACCCGAGCCGGGACGGGCCCAAGCAUCGGGGGAUAGUGUAUAGCCGAGAUCGGCGCUGUUGAGAGAUCAGCGAGACAGCUGAGUGUUUGGAGCUUUCAGCACAACUCAAAUAAACACUUUGACUACCCAACUUUAGCGCUCCCAGCUCUCACACACGUUACAGCCAUGACUGACCGCUGCGAUAAGGCUCACAACGAGCCCUUUAUCGUCAGUGAAGUGUCUGUUAUAUAGCUGAGGAUCCGAGUCUCUAACUGGCGCUCCAGGGGCUCGGUUUCUCAGAAGCGGGAGGUACAGCACAUCCCACAGGCAUCAGGAGACCUACAUCCCCAUCACUAAUCUCAGACUGAGCGAAACCCCAGCGCUGAAUAAUGAAACAGGUCUACGCUGAGCACCGUCGUCUAUUGUACCGUCUGUGGGAGAACGCAGUAGUUUCGCUCAAAGCAAUUUAUACAUCCUUAGUCUGCGUCCUGAACUGGCCUUUCUCAUCAUCCUUUGGGAAGGGAUUACGUUGUAAUAACAUAAGAUGACUUGCUCAAAUACAGCUUGAUUCUGUCAUAUGCUGUCUAUGGCUGAUGAAAUGAGGUUUUGGGGGAGGAAUUGCACUUUUGUACAAGCUGUUUGGAUUUGGAGCUUUAAAACUGAGGAGAGGGUGGAUACGUUUACUGCAAAGAUAAUGAGAUUAGUGUAUGAUUUGUAGUGUACAAUGUAGGAAAACUUUUUUUAAUCAUGAGAUGUAUUGGACAUCUUGGUUACAUCCCAUCGAUGUAUAAACAACGAAAAAAAUAAAAAAAAGGACAUUUCUGAUAAGACUAAACUUGGGUUCAUUUAUUUAUUCUUUUUAAAUGAAUGUAAAAGACACACCAGAGUGAGUAAAAACAGCAGAAAAUUCAAAUUAAUUCAACUUAAAAUAAAUUGUACAAAUAUUUUACAAUAUUACUUAUUUUAAUAUUGGUUACAAUAUUAUUACUUUACAAUAUGACUAUGAUUAUGCAAGUAGGAUUUUAUUUUUUGUUACAGUAUUUAUAUUUAGCAAAAAAGACAAGAAGUAAAUACUAUUUGGCAGCAGUUCACCAUAAUGUGUAGUUUCCUUAGCGUGUUCUUUGUGUGUUUUCUGUUCUUUUUAAAGAUAAUAAUAAUAAUAUUAUCUUGGCAGAGAUGUUGCUGAGAUUUACUUUGAAACUCAUAAAGCAUGACUUAGAUUUAAGUCUUUUCUAAGGCAAAAAACAUAGAUAACAAUACCUAAGGCUUUAUGUGCACCUAUUUAAAUGUUCUGGGGAAGACAUAUUCACUAAUAAUUCAGAGUUCUCCCUCAAUAAACUAAUUUGCUGCUUAUUAAUAGUUAGUAAGACAUUUGUUAUAAGUUUAGGUAUGGGGUACGAUUAAGGGAUGUAAAAAUUGUUAUACUAAAUAAUAUGUGCUUUAUAAGAGCAAAUAAACAGCCGAAGUAAUCUAGUAAUAUGCAUGCGGCUAGUUAACAGAAUUGCUUCUUAAAAUAAAAGCGUUACCAAAUACUGUAACCAAAAACUUUGUACAAUCCCACUUUGAUAGCUGAGACAUGCACGUAUUACAGAUUUGAUCCAUAAAAAUCACAGUAAGCAUAAAAAAUCCUAUGCAUACCACCCAGCUGGCUUUCUGCUUUGAUGUAUUAAAUGGAAAAGGGGGAGAGAGAGAGACAGAGAGAAAGAGAGAAAGAGAGAGAGAGAAAGGGAGAGAGAGAAAGGGAGAGAGAGCACUGCCAUAAAGGAAGUGUUCGCUUAGUCUGUGUGAUACCCAACACCACAGACUGUGAUCCUGCAGAAAGACUGGCAAGUUGAGAAUACAGAGAGAUACUGUUCCCCUGUGUCUCAUUCAAGAGCUGUUGAACGCCUGCUGAACGCUGCACCAGAGAAAACUCUCUAAACCUGCCAGAUUACAGCAUGCUCCGACACAUUUCUAGUGGACUCCUACACGAUUCAGGGCUGUGAAGAGCACGGAAAUACAAAGGUAGGAGUUUUUGUUGGGUUUUUUUUAGCCGUUUUCAGUCGAUGACUAAUUCCGAACGUAGUAGUUUGAGUGUUUGUUUUGACACAUUUCAACGACACAAACCCACACAGCAAAACCCGACCGCAUGGUGGUCAAAGAAUUGUUGAAGUGUCAGAGAGGUGCAGUCGAACAGAUGCACCUUCGCUGAGUGGGCUUCGUUCGCAGCGAGCUAAAACCCACGUGGGAACCUGUCAGCACACAAGAACAACUGUUUCUCAGUUUGAGUCAUUUGCCAACUGUGCCCUAGCAAUAACGCAAGCGGCCCUCGGUGCCAUCGGAUGAUUUAUGAGACGUCUCCCGCCAUCUGCGAGCGCAAAACCGCAGAGGGACGGGCUACGGUAAACACUCUCAUGAUUCGGAGAUUAUGAGGAGUUUUUAGGAGGGCUUACCUGCGCUCCGCCUGAGCCGCGCUCGUCUACUUUUGUAUGCGCACAAAGCUCCCUCCAACUGCUCCUUCACGAGAUUAAGAGCUUUCCCCUGGCACCCUGUCAAGGACGAAAUUUAAAGAACACGAGUGUUUAACCUCCAGCUAAUCUUGUCUUUGUGAGAAUGAAGGGAUUAGACCAUUCGUUUCUGCAUGCCUGGAAGGGUUAGGCCAGUAAUGGGCUUGAUGAAUGACAAAAAUGGCUCGGGAAGGGAGCUGCCAACUGACACAGGAAGACAAAUUCGCUGGUGGCCUGACAGCUCCAAAAAGAGGCUUAGCUUAAUUCCUGACCUGCAUCAAAAUAGAGCAUUACCAUGCCAUGACACUAAUUGAAAACAAGCAGUUUAAGCGAAACCCGUCUUAUAAACGCUAGCCAAACGGUUUUGUUUCUUGGUUAUUGCGUCGUCUGAUGGAAGGGUACAUCGGCACAUGCUGUUCUUUGAUUAUACGGGAUGCAAAUUAGAUUUAAACACCAGUGCCAUUAUGAGGGUCUAUUAAGGACUCUGUGUGCUUAUUAUUUAGCUUUACUCGAUUAGUCUGUAGCCGGUUCAGCCAUGUGGCCUGUAUCGCUCAUUACGGACUAGUCUGUUCUCCUCCCUUGAGGCUCGUGCGUUCAUCUCAUUACAGAUCUGAAAGUAUGGCGUUCAGUUUUUCCACACAGCAUUUACCGUUCCCAACGUUUGAGUGACCCCUGCAGCCGUGUCAUCCGAUUCAAUACAAACAGCUCAUCACAAGGGAUUUGGAGCUCAGCUCAGGCGAAUAAGUUGUUCCUUGUGUUUCCCUCCUCCGUGGACCCCCGGUGUUCGCGAAAGGAGGUCUGCCCCUCGGAGAAGCUAACAAUCCAUUAUGGGGCUCUCAAAAGACCUUUCACUAUAGAUACAGCAGUACUGGAGAAAAGGCCCAAAUUGACAGCUCUACACAAAAGAGAUUUACUGCUCUGCUUUAUGUGCAUGAGUGCUGUUCAAAAGGAGGUAAUUGCAGGUUGUAUAGAUGGGCCAAUCCCUAAGGGAUUUCACCCCUUCAUCACAUUUGCAUUUACUAUUAGCGCCCCCCCGGGAGGGACCAGUAAAUGUCACGGUGAAAGCGACGUCAUCAGCGGUAUGGCUGUGCGUGAAAAGGCCAAUGCUGUAAAAACAGAAUUAUAUCCAACUCAUUUUUUUUUUUGCAAGAUCUAAAAAGUAUCUUAAUGAAGUACUCACUGAAAGGAAAAAAAAAUACAAUACAAUAAAAUAACUGGAUUUUAAAUAAUGGUAUUUUGUGACUGCAAAGCUGAAAAUUAUGCAUCAUUACUGUAUAUUAGUCUAGUAAGCUGAUCUGCUGCCCAAUAUUUAUUAUUACAAAUUUAUUAAGUUUUGCUACUUAAUACUUUUUUCAGGAUUCUUUAAUGAACAUCAUUCAAAAGAACAUAAUUUUACACUUUUAAUCAAUUCAUGGCACUAUUAAGGAAAAAAAAGUAUUCAAACAUAAACAUUGGUGUACUGGUGUUUUAUGUUAAUUUGUCAGAUUUAUGGUUAGUACUACAGUAUUAUCUCAAUGUAUGUAGUUUCAGCAAUGCUCAUAAAUGUUUGAAGUAAUAGUAGUCCAAGAAUGCUCAUUAAUAUCAGUGUGAACUGUAACCCAUUUUUUCCCCAUAAUGUGACAUUUACAACAAAAAAUUUAACAGCGGAAUUUAAUGUAAAUCAGGAAUGUGUGUGAAAGUUGUAUUUAAAAAAAUUUCUUCAACCAUAAUUUCUUAUUUAAAUUAUUCAUAUUUAUUUUAAGUUUUCAUUAACUUUUACAGACGUACCAUGAGCUGUGAAUGUAAAUGUAUAGUAUAUUAUUUAAUUAAACCCAUUAAAAAUAGUUCUUUAAAAGUAUUCAAGCUAACAAUAUAAAAAAUUCUGAAAUGAUAAAAACUUAUGACUUUAUAUUUAGGGACUAGAAUUUCACACAGUGUAGCAUUAUGACAGUGAGUAUCUUGUACUUAGAGAACCCAUGAGUGUUUUAGCCACUUUAAUUAUCUGGCCCAGCAUGCCAUGUGUUGACUCAGUAUUUUUUAUUGACCUGCAGGUCUUGCUGAUGUUGCUAAUAACACAAAUGCGAGAGCAAAAAACAACGAGCAAAAUGGCACAAGGAGGAAACCAUUAGAACCCAAGAAAGACUGAAGGAACAAGCUGUUUGUAGUCACUUUUGUGCACUUGGAGUGCAUCAGCACGAGUAAAGAAGAGCAUUGUAAUCACCCCCCUCUCUAAACACCUCAACAUGUUUGCCCCAACGACAGCCCUGCCUCCUCCUCCUUCCCUUCUAACAGGAAGUGCUCUGCCAGUGCCCAGCGCACCAGCAACAGCUCCAUACACAGAUCAUGACCUCCUGCGACAGGAGUUAAACUCUCGCUUCCUGGCCUCCCAGACUGUCGAUCGAGGAGGGGCUCUAGCUCCCCCGGCAUACCUGCGCACCGAGUUCCACCAGCACCAGCACACACACCAACACACACAUCAGCACACCUUCACUCCAUUCCCACAAUCCAUCCUGCCCAGCCCAGCAGCACCACUGGUGCGUACCCCUGCCAGACAAUUUGACAAAUAUCCUGCUAAAGUGGACACCUUCCAUAGACACAACUUGGUCCCGUCCUAUCCGUCAGUAAUGACUGGAAUACCUCCUAUGGUUCCACCUGCUGGACCAUUCAGCUCUCUCAAGGGAGCUUUUCAGCCCAAGGCUUCCAACCCACUGGAUGUGGUGUCAAGACCAGGAUCUGUGCCACACCAACUUUUACAGAAAGACUCCAGACUUCUUGACCCCAUGUGUCCUAAACCAAAGGUAAAGUUUACAUGUAAUUAUUCAACUUCUUUUUUCAAUUUAGUAAAAUCACAAUUCACUAAUCUAUCCAUUAUGCACUGUUUUCUUCAGAAACCUGGGAAGUGGUGUGCAAUGCAUGUCCACAUUGCAUGGCAAGUUUACCAUCAUCAGCAAAAAAUUAAGAAGCAGAUGCAGAUUGAGCCGCAUAAAUUAGACUUUGGUUUUAAGCCCGAGUUUCUGAAUCGGUCGCCUGGCUCGAGCUUCAUGGGACUGCAGCCACGUGAUUUACCCCGUCCUUCCACCAUCCUCUCUAAUGCAGGUCCCACACACCCUUCAGUUGCACCCUAUGGACCCUUACCGCAUACCCCAAACAAUCUUCACAGUGUAAUCCCUCAUCAUGAGUCUCUUAAUAAGCCACUCACUUUUGGAGGCCUGAGUACAUUGAGCUCAUCUGCUUUUGGAGGACUAGGAAACCCAUCACUAACACCAAAUGCAGCACAUGGGACUAAAGAUGGCAAAGCGAUUUCAACUUCAAGUGGACAACUGGAGACCUGGAACAGAUUGCACCAGACACCUUCAUCCUUCCCAACGCCCCCUCUGUGUCCAAGGCCUUCUGAGACUGAGAGAGCUCCCUCCAUCCCAGACAAAGCAGCAAUUAAAAGAGAUUCCCUAGACAACAAAGAUGACAAGGAACGGGAGCCAAAAGAGAAAUCAAAUGGAAGGCAUUUGUCCCCCAUGAGGAAUAGUCCACUGGACAACAAACAACCAACAGAGUCUUUUAAAAGUUCCUCUCCUGAUGAACCCAAGGAAGAGGAGCCGGCAAGAGAGAAAACUCAAGCCCAAGAGCUUCCACAACAAACUCGAGACACUGAGGAGCCCAAACACAAAGACAUCCAAAGUGACAAAAGAGAAAAGGAUGUCAAAGGUGAGCAGCAGCAACCCGCUGAGGACAAGCCAGCAGGAAAAGAGAGUUCAUCACCCAAGCAACAGAGAGAGGAUCUCAAGCGGCCAAACAGUGAUAGCCAACCCUGGGAGCCAGCUGAGAAGAAGAUUAGAGUCGAGUAUGAACCACAUGCCAAGAGCAGCAAGGUGAGAGUGAAGGAGGAGAAGAGAGACGACCAGGACCAUGAAGUUAUAACACACCACAAAGUUUUGGAAAAACAGUGGCAGGAUCCCAGAGGCCCUCUUAUUAACCCUUCACCUCUUUCCACUCUUCCUUUGCCAAUAGCAAUCCCAACUGGCCACCCUGGUCUUGACAGGACUAGGCUGGUCUCACCUUUUCUGGGAAUGGGUCCAUUACCUGGAGCCGAGAGGCUGCCUUAUUCACCUCAGCACUGGGAAUCUAUGCGGAAUGUUUAUCGAGGUUUAGAUCUUCCUCGUAGGGACUCCUUGGGCAAAGACCUCUUAAUAAGAACCGACCCCCUGCAACGUGUCAUGAUGGGGCACCCUGUUUACCCACGAGAGCCAUUUCUGCAGUCCAUGGCCCUGGAGCAAAGGAGUCAUCUAGAGGAACGACAGCGCCUGGCCUUCCUGAGAGAAGAAAGCGAGCGUAGCCGCCUGCUGGCUAUGCAUCAUACUGCACUGGAUCCUCACUUAGCACCUCCAGGACUCCUCGCAGCGGGUUACCCCAGCACAGGGCUCCCACAUUACGCCUCGCUUAGUAGGACUCUACCAGCUGCUUAUGUACAUGCCCAACCACAUCCACUUUUUCCAAUGCUGGCAGCACGGCCAGGGUCUCCGAGACGGAUGACCCCUCUUACAGACAGACCUGUUUCGCACCCACACAGAGACACUGAGACUCGGUGAGCUUGACUUAAUCAGAAACUAAUGGACUUAUAUAUAUCAAGCACUUCAUGUGAAAUAACGUGUAGUCGAAAUGUACAGUGUUGGAAAUGACUUUUUUUUUUUUUUUUGGUCAAAAAAAAACCAAACAAAAAAAACAUUAAAAUGACUUCUGAGGAAAAAAA